AUGAGCUUUGAACAUGGAAAAGACUUGCUAUUUGUCUACUACUAUGAUGAUUAUAACUUUAGUGCACAGAGAAAAAUACCCUGGCUACCGAUUAUUAAUGCUACUGAUGAGAAUGAGCAUCAACUCACAAUGGACUAUCUGGCUGAGGUCGUCGAUCCGAUGGAGCGUGAUAUUCCCAUAACCGAUUUGCAGCAUCAUUGCCUAUUGCUUGCAUCACAGCCAGGAAUUCCACUGGCCAGGCAUCGAGAUCGAGCGAUCGUACUCUAA